UGGAGACAGUACGAAAAAGUCUCGGAGCGUAUCUGACGGACGUGCAUGUGCGCAUAGUAAAGCAGGAGGAAACGAAAGCUCUUUAAUUAUUGAUUCAUCUUUCUAUGUUAUUGCGUACGGAGGAUGCUGCUUGUGAAACGAGUGGAUUUUUUCCCGUUUUAUCCAGCGAGUCAAAUCAGUUAAGACGUGAUUUUGUAACAAGGUGCGCAGUGUUAGAGAUACAUCAGUAAUCUUCAUGAUGAAACGUUUUUUAUUCAUCUACUAAUUCCUGCAAAAAGUUGAAAUGGCUUUAGUAGUGUACCUGAAGACGGUGACUGCGCUUCGUGGAAAAGGGGACCGAAUCGCCAAAGUCACUUUCAGAGGUCUCUCCUUCUACUCACGGGUGGUGGAAAACUGUGAGGAUGAGGCUCGGUUUGAGCAGGCGUUUCGAUGGCCAAUUGGGAGUCAGGUGGAUGGCGAUGAGAUGCUGGAGAUCCAAGUGUUUCAUUACAGCAAAGUCUUCACUAACAGAUUGAUCGGCACCUUCUGCAUGGUUCUGCAGAAGGUUGUACAGGAGGGUCACCUGGAGGUGUCUGACACUCUUAUAGAUGACAACAACACAGCCAUACGGACAACUGUUUCCAUAGAGAUCAAAUAUCAGACCAUGGAUGGGAGUGUGAAAGUGUGGAGUGACGGGGAAUUCCUUGAUAUUCCAAACGACUGUGAUGGAACCUUCCAGUUUGAGACAGAUAGUCUGCUCUCUGGACGCAGCCAGAGCUCAGCAACCUCACCUGGACGAUCCAUCCAUGGCAUUCCCACAUUCCGCAAAGCAGGGAGAGGAGUGUUAUCAGCCAUGAAACGGGGCAGAAUACGCAGCGCUAAAGACGACCACAAAAAAGGAGAUGAUCCAGCCAUUCUGGAUGCAGAGGAUCUGGAUGGAAAGGCCAUGCGUCUGGGUGGUGGGCCUGACCCUGAUACCAUCUCUCUGGCCUCUGUUACUGCGGUAACCACGAAUGUCUCCAACAAAAGAUCAAAGCCUGACAUCAAGAUGGAGCCCAGCUCAGGACGUCCAGUGGAUUAUCAGAUCAGUGUCACAGUAAUUGAGGCCCGUCAGCUGGUUGGUCUGAACAUGGACCCGGUGGUGUGUGUGGAAAUCGGAGACGAGAAGAAGUAUACUUCCAUGAAAGAGUCGACAAACUGCCCCUACUACAAUGAGUACUUUGUCUUUGACUUCCACUUGCCUCUAGAUGUCAUGUUUGACAAGAUUCUGAAGAUCUCAGUUAUACACUCUAAGAACCUCCUGCGAAGUGGUACCCUGGUGGGCACCUUUAAACUGGAUGUAGGAACUGUGUAUUCACAACCUGAGCAUCAGUUUCAUCACAAAUGGGCAAUGCUGUCUGACCCUGAUGACAUCACAGCUGGAUGCAAAGGUUAUGUUAAGUGUGACAUCGCAGUCGUAGGAAAAGGAGACAACAUCAAGACACCCCACAAGGCCAAUGAAGCAGAUGAAGAUGACAUAGAGGGGAAUCUUCUGUUACCAGAGGGCGUUCCAUCCGAGAGACAGUGGGCUCGGUUUUAUGUUAAGAUUUAUAGAGCUGAGGGACUGCCUAAAAUGAACACAAGCAUCAUAGCCAACGUGAAAAAAGCUUUUAUUGGAGAAAACAGGGACCUUGUGGACCCAUAUGUCCUCGUUCAAUUUGCAGGGCAGAAGGGUAAAACCUCGGUUCAGAAGAGCAGCUAUGAACCCAUCUGGAACGAGCAAAUAGCCUUUACCGAGAUGUUCCCGCCUUUAUGUAGGCGACUGAAAGUUCAGAUCCGUGAUUCAGACAAGGUGAACGAUGUUGCCAUAGGAACCCAUUUCAUCGAUCUACGCAAGAUUGCAAAUGAUGGAGACAAAGGGUUCUUGCCCACUAUGGGGCCAGCCUGGGUGAAUAUGUACGGUUCUACCCGUAACUACACCCUGAUGGAUGAGCACCAGGAUCUGAACGAGGGGCUAGGGGAGGGUGUGUCCUUCAGGGCACGCCUCCUCAUUAGCAUUGCCAUGGAAGUUUUGGACACCACAUCUGCUGAGAUCAUGAGCUCUACAGAGGUACAAGUGGAGCCAGUGUCCAAUAUAUCAGAGAGCGCAACAGGAAAGAUGGAGGAGUUUUUCCUUUUCGGGUCCUUUUUGGAGGCCACGAUGAUAGACAGAAAAAUUGGAGAUAAACCAAUCAGCUUUGAAGUCACUAUUGGUAACUAUGGUAACCAGAUUGAUGGAGUGAGCAAACCUACAUCAGCGAAGAAGACGAAAGAGGGCGCAGGGGAGAGUGAAGAAGAGGAGUCUGAGCUCAUUCACAACUCCAGUGAUGAAGAGGGAGAUGAUGAUGGAGAUUUGACGUCCGUGCCGUCCACACCUCCUAUGAAACCAGUCAUAACUGACAGAAAUUAUUUCCACUUGCCUUACUUUGAGAAGAAACCCUGUAUUUACAUCAAGAGCUGGUGGCAAGACCAGAGGAGACGACUCUACAACUCCAAUAUCAUGGAUAAGAUAGCAGAUAAACUGGAGGAGGGUCUAAAUGAUGUUCAAGAAAUCAUAAAAACAGAAAAGGCAUAUCCAGAACGUAGACUUAGGGGUGUGUUAGAAGAACUUAGCACAAACUGCAGCCGAUUUGUUACGCUGGCGAACAAAGAUCAGAAUCAAGCAGGAAGAACCAAACUGGAUCGAGAGAGGCUGAAGUCCUGCAUGAGGGAAAUGGAGAGUAUGGGUCAGCAGGCGAAGACCAUUCGCACACAAGUGAAGAAAAACACGGUGCGAGACAAACUCAAGCUUGUGCAGAAUUUCCUUCAAAGACUCAGAUUCUUGGCAGAUGAGCCCCAGCACAGUAUCCCCGAUGUGUUCAUAUGGAUGAUUAGCAACAAUAAACGCAUAGCAUAUGCCCGCAUCCCCUCCAAAGACAUCCUCUUUUCCAUUGUUGAUGAAGAGAUGGGCAAAGACUGUGGCAAAGUUAAAGCUGUUUUCCUUCGGUUGCCUGGAAAGAAAGGCUUCGGGCCUGCUGGCUGGACAGUUCAGGCUAAAUUAGAGAUGUAUUUGUGGCUUGGGUUGAACAAACAGAGGAAGGACUUUCUGAGCGGCCUGCCCAGUGGCUUUGAGGAAAUCAAGGCAUCAAAGGGAAUAGGCAUACAAGCUGUGCCUCCCAUCAGCCUGAUCUAUAACAUGAAGCAGGUGUUUCAGUUGAGAGCUCACAUGUAUCAGGCUCGCAGUCUGUUUGCUGCAGAUAGCAGUGGUCUGUCUGAUCCAUUUGCCAGGGUUUUCUUCUCCACCCACAGCCAGGUGACAGAGGUUCUAAGUGAGACUCUUUGCCCCACAUGGGAUCAGUUGCUUGUAUUUGAUAAUGUUGAGCUCUAUGGUGAAGCCAGUGAACUCCGCGACGACCCUCCAAUAAUUGUCAUUGAACUGUAUGACCAGGACACUGUGGGUAAAGCUGAGUUUAUUGGGCGAACAUUUGCAAAGCCGCUAACUAAAAUGGUUGAUGAACACUAUGGGCCCCCACGGUUCCCCCCUCAGCUGGAGUACUAUCAGAUCUACAGAGGAAACUGUGCUGCUGGAGAUCUGCUGGCUGCUUUUGAACUACUGCAGAUUCCUUAUGACGAUGAGGAGAUCAGGAAGGCUCUUAUUGCUGUCCAUGACUUUGCUGUGCCUCAAAUCAAGAUUGGUCCAGCAGGACGGGCAGCACUUCCUCCAAUUGAUGGCCCGACCGAUUCUGACCAUGGGCCAAUUCUGCCUGUUCCGCUGGGUAUAAGACCAGUUCUCAGUCGAUAUCGCAUAGAGGUUCUGUUCUGGGGUCUGAGGGACCUCAAAAGAGUUAACCUGGCCCAGGUAGACAGACCUCGAGUGGACAUUGAGUGUGGAGGAAAGGGAGUCCAAUCUGCACUUAUUCAGAACUACAAGAAAAAUCCGAACUUCAGCACAUUGGUGAAAUGGUUUGAAGUGGAUCUACCAGAAAAUGAGCUCCUCCAUCCGCCGCUGAACAUUCGUGUGGUGGACUGCAGGGCAUUUGGACGAUACACUUUGGUGGGGUCUCAUGCUGUGACCACCCUGCGCAAGUUCAUCUAUAGCCCCCCCAGCAAGACCGAUAAUAACUGGGUUCACACAGCUAGACUGGCCAAUGGCCUCAUGACCCUCACCAAUGGGAUGUGUCAUUCCCGCUCCUAUUCCCUCCCUGUUUCUCAUCCCUCAGGUGAUAUUGUGGUCAAUAUGGACCCUGAACCAAACUUCAAGAAGAUGGACACAAUAGUCAAGCUCGAUGCUACCACUGAUGCUGUUGUUAAAAUUGACAUGAACGAGGAUGAGAAAGACAAAGAGAAAAAGAAGAAGAAGAAAAAGAAGGGAGAUGAAAUAGAGGAAGAGGAACCUGAUGAGAGCAUGUUGGACUGGUGGUCCAAAUACUUCGCCUCAGUAGAGACCAUGAUGGAGAACCUCAGAGCCCAUGAGGCAGCUAUGGCUGAAGCAGAAGAAAAAGAAGAUAUGGAGAUCGCAGCAGAGAGUACAGAGAUCAAAGCCGAUGACUUUUCCGUAAAAGGCACAAAACUCAAAGAGAAGAGCAAAGACAAGAAGACCUCCAAGGACAAAAAGAAGAACCAUGAUGGGACAGAGAAACGGCCUCCAAAACCUAAAGUUGAUGAACUCCUAGUGUAUAAUAAAGAGCUGGAGAGUGAAUUUGAUAACUUUGAGGACUGGCUCCAUACCUUCAACCUAUACAGAGGGAAAGCUGGAGAUGAUGUUGACCACAAUGUGAUUGAUGAUGACAGGAUUGUGGGCAGAUUCAAGGGUUCCCUCUGUAUGUAUAAAUUGCCACUCUCUGAGGAGAUCACCAGAGAUGCAGGAUUUGACCCUAACAUGGGCAUGUUUCAGAGUAUCCCUCACAAUGACCCCAUCAAUGUUCUCAUGAGGAUUUAUAUUAUUAGAGCCACAGAUUUGCACCCUGCGGACAUAAAUGGUAAAGCAGAUCCUUACAUAGUCAUCCGACUGGGAAAAACUGAGGUUAAGGACAAAGAAAACUACAUAUCGAAGCAGCUGAAUCCGGUCUUUGGCAAAUCAUUUGAUAUAGAGGCCACGUUUCCCAUGGAGUCUAUGCUGACGGUGGCAGUCUAUGACUGGGAUUUGGUUGGAACAGAUGACCUGAUUGGUGAGACUAAGAUUGAUUUGGAGAACAGAUACUACAGCAAACACAGAGCUACAUGUGGCAUUGCAUCUCACUACUCUGUCCAUGGUUACAAUGUGUGGCGGGACCCUCAGAAGCCAAGUCAGAUCCUUGCUAAACUGUGCAAAGACGGCAAAUUGGACGGGCCCCACAAUGGACCCGGUGGCAAGGUCAAAGUUGCAAACCGUGUUUUUCUUGGGCCAACAGAAAUUGAAGAUGAGAGUGGUCUUAAGAAGCAGACAGAAGAACACUUGGCUCUUACUGCUCUGCGGCACUGGGAGGAGAUCCCACGUGUUGGUUGCAAACUCGUCCCUGAGCAUGUGGAGACCAGGCCCCUUCUUAACCCAGACAAACCAGGCAUAGAGCAGGGAAGAAUUGAAAUGUGGGUUGACAUGUUUCCCAUGGAUGUACCAGCACCAGGGCCAGCUAUUGACAUAUCACCACGCAAACCAAAGAGAUAUGAGCUCAGGGUGAUAAUAUGGAACACUGACGAGGUAAUUCUGGAAGACGAUGAUUACUUCACAGGGGAAAAGUCCAGUGACAUAUUUGUAAGGGGCUGGCUAAAAGGACAGCAGGAGGAUAAACAGGACACAGACGUGCAUUAUCAUUCCUUGACAGGGGAGGGAAACUUCAACUGGCGCUUUGUCUUUCCCUUCGACUAUCUCAUGGCUGAGGAGAAGAUAGUCAUCUCCAAGAAGGAAUCCAUGUUUUCCUGGGACGAGACAGAGUACAAGAUUCCAGCUCGACUGACCCUUCAAGUGUGGGAUGCUGAUCACUUCUCUGCAGAUGACUUCUUGGGAGCAAUUGAGUUGGAUUUAAAUAAGUUUCCCCGUGGCGCAAAAACAGCAAAGCAAUGCUCUCUCGACAUGGUUCUAAAAGAGCAAGAACUACCAUCCAUCUCCAUCUUCAAACAGAAGAGAGUAAAGGGCUGGUGGCCCUUUGUGGCCCGAGAUGAGAAUGAUGAAUUUGAGCUCACUGGAAAAGUGGAAGCAGAGCUCCAUCUACUGACAGCAGAGGAAGCAGAGAAAAGUCCAGUCGGCCUUGGGCGCAAAGACCCUGAGCCACUAGAGAAACCAAACCGUCCUGACACCACCUUCCUUUGGUUUCUGAGUCCGCUGAAGGCCAUACGAUAUCUGAUAUGCAACCGCUACAAGUGGCUCAUCAUCAAGAUCGUCUUGGCUCUGCUGCUGUUAAUUAUGGUCGGCCUGUUUCUCUACAGCAUGCCAGGCUAUCUGGUCAAAAAGCUGCUGGGGGCCUAAAGAGGUGGUAGAAGGUUUGUUUCAAAAAUACCCUGCCCCUCUAAAGUGGCUCACUUGUAAUAUUCGUUUUUUUCUUCUAACAUUUUAUAGUGCUUGCAUUUUUCAUUAACCUCCAGAGUUUCUCAUUCACACAGUUGCUCUCUAAACAUAACAUCUUUUUAUUAAUAUUAAAUGCAUGUCUUGCCCAUGAGAAGAUCAAUUGUCUUUGUCUCUGUUGGUCAUCUAGAGAAAAGGAAAGUGGCACUGGAGUGUCUAUUUUUGGUAUGAAAUUGUUGAAUAAAUUGGACUGUGAAUAAGAGUGUUCAUGUUAACAUUCACUACAUUGCAUUAGAUUCUUGGACUUUAUUGUCAUUGUCUAGACUAAUUGUCUAGAAAAUACUGUAUGUGUUGCUGCUAAAAGCACAAUAAGCAUGUCUAAAACUGACUUUAGUUGCUACAGUUUGAAAAAUACUACGAUAAGGUUGCAAGCCUCAUAUUUGACCCUGGACAACAAAACCAGUCAAGGGUCAAUUUUUCGAAAUGGAGAUUUUUUUGAGAGCUGAAUAAAUAAGCUUUCUAUUGAUAUAUGGUUUGUUAGGAUAGGACAAUAUUUGGUCGAGAUAUAACUAUUUAAAACUCUGGAAUCUGAGGGUGCAAAAAAAUCAUGUGAAACAGGUUUGUUUUAACGCUCUCUUUUGCCUUACGCUGUAAUGACAUUGUGCAGAGUAGAUGAACCCAAUAGCUGAAAUUCUAAGCUUUACAUAGAUACCAAACUUGAGUGGGUAGUUCUCAAAGAGCAGACAGCAGCGAGUGAAGUUUGUAGCAUUUUUGUUAGCAAUUUUGCUGCAUCCACUCAUAAAAAUAAAGUUUUGAUAUAUUUAGGGUGGGAAAUUUACAAAAUAUCUUCAUGGAAAAUGGUCUUUACUUAAUAUCCUGAUUUUGGGCAUAAAAGAAAAAAUGAUAAUUUUGACCCAUAAAAUGUAUUUUUGGCUAUUACUACAAUUGUUCCAGUGCUACUUAAGGUUUUGUGAUCCAGGGUCACAUAUAGAAUAUAUAAGUAAUUUGAUUACAGUUUGCCUUGCUGUUUGCACUAUGAAUUCAAGACACUUUUAAAGAUAAUUUUGUUUACUCAUUUAGAACCGUUGUUUCCAACCCUGUUCCUGGUGGACCCUUAACAGUAUAUAUUUUACAUGUCCACAAAAUACUCAAUGUAGUAAGAUAAUUUUAAAGGUAAAUUAUUUUAAUUAGACAUGUUUUAGGGACAAAACUAAUUUUGUUUUGUGGGGUCCUCCAAUAACGAGUUGGAAACCACAGAUUUAGAGAAACAUAUAGAGAUGUAUUUCACAUUUAGGGUUAAAUAACACAAUUGGAUUUUUUUAUUUCUAUAUUCCCUACUGUUAGUUUAUUUUGCUUGCUGUGUACAUUUUUGUAUUUUAUGUUUGCUUGAUAUUUAAUGUUGUUCUAUUGAAUUAAUAAUACAUUUAACAAUGGACUUCUUUGCACUGAUUUUAGCCUGUUUAAAGGUGUAUUUUUCAUUCUUGUAUGUGUGCAAUAUUGAUGUAUUUAUUUUUGUCAAAAUGAAGACAAUAAAACA